AUGAGCUCAGAUACCGAACUUGAAGCGCCGACAUCCCAGGCCGCUUCUAUUGAAGAUGACAGACCAAUCACCCCGAAAUAUCAUUGGUUCCGUGGUGUGUUUUUCCAGGCAACAGUGGUUGGAAUAGCAGCGUUCACAGCUCCUGGUCUGUGGAAUGCGAUGAACUCUGUUGGAGCUGGAGGUCAACAGUCCCCGUACCUUGUUAUGGCUGGAAACGCCGUUCUAUUCUCUUUGAUGACAAUAACCUGCCUCGUUGGUAGCAUUGUUGCUAACCGCUUUGGACUGAAAGCAACUUUUGCCUUUGGUACAAUCGGUUAUGUCGUCUACUCUGCGGCUCUUUACACCAAUAACCGUUAUGGCAAUGAGUGGUUCAUAUACGUCGGCUCAGCUGCCUGUGGAAUAACUGCUGGGCUGUUCUGGGCGGCAGAAGGAGCAAUCAUGCUCAGUUACCCAGAGACAGAGAACCGCGGUAAAUACUUGGCCUAUUGGCUAUGCUACCGAAACAGUGGCAGCAUCUUGGGUGGUAUUAUCAACCUCGCCUUCAAUUAUCAGGGAAGGCGGACUGGCAAGCUUGAUUGGAGAACAUACAUCGUCUUUGUUGUCCUACAAUGUCUCGGGCCCCUUGUCGCCAUACUCCUCUCCCCACCCGAUAAGGUCGUCCGACGGAACGGGACUCGAGUCCAGAUCGUUGAGAGGAUUUCUGACUCGGCCGAACUCAAAGAGCUAGGACGUCUCAUGCUGCGAAAAGAAUUUCUCCUCGUGGCCCCCUUCUUCGUCUAUGUAAACUGGCUCUUGCCAUACAGCAGUUCCUAUCUUUCACUCUAUUUCUCCAUUCGCGCGCGGGCACUGGCCUCGCUAGUGUCCGCACUCGCCCAGAUUGCGGGAACUGCUGCUCUCGGAAGCUUUCUAGACUGGAAGCGUCUGUCUCUGACAACGCGAGCGCGAGUUUCAUAUGUGUUUCUGAUGGCGCUUAUCGGCGGUUGUUGGGUCUGGGGCGUCGUCGUUCAAGCCGAGUACGCCAGGCACAGGCCGUCGCUGGAUUGGGAUGAUGCAGGGUUUGGCCGCGGAUGGGCGUUGUACAUUUUAUGGCAGGUCAACUUUGCACUAACUUACAACUACGGAUACUGGCUAGUUGGCUGGAUGUCGCGUCAUCCGAGCGAUAUCGUCCGGUAUACGAGUGCCGCGAGAGCUCUUGAGAGUGCUGGGCAAUGCAUAAGCUCCGGCAUCAGUUCAACGAGCGCGCCUCUGACUGCAGCCCUGGGUGUCAAUUUUGCGCUUUGGGGCAUUGCCAUGAUUCCUGCUUAUUUUGUGGUUCGAGAAGUUGGGUUACGCCACGUAGGAGUUCACUCAGUAGAGCCAGAACAGAGGCAUCCUGAUUUAAUUGCAGGAAGUGAGGACAUCAAAGGUACCAAUUCAAACAAAUAG